GGUUUGGUCACGUGGUGGCCCUGGUUACGCCGGCUGGCGGCUGUGGGGUCCGGGGCUCCGGCGGGGGCCAUUUUGCCGGAGGUGCCUCCGGGAGUCUGAGGCCGCGGCGGCCCGGCAACUGGGUGGAGCGGUGCCUAGUCUUCCUCUGUAGCUCAGAGCCUGGGGAGGAGCUGGAAGGCUGGACUUCAUCCAGCCCUCCCAAGACAGCAAUGGUUCCCUGUAGUCCUUGCUACUUGACGACCCUCCAUGGCGGCCGGGCCGCCCGAGCUCCUCCUGCUGCCGCCCCUAGCCGCUGCCGGUGCCUGUCGCCUGCAGAGCCGCAGUCGCCCUUCCGCCCCCGAGACUGAUGGUUGUCCAGCGGCGGGCACCAUGAGAGGCGAGAAGAACUACCACUGCCAGGGGGCUGCCGGGGACCACAGUUCCUGCCCCUCGACGCCGUCUCCUCUGGCCUCGACCCUCCUGUUGCCUGCGGAGACUGUCUCGAGUAGCUGGUCGGGGCCGGGACGGGGGCUGUCGGGAGGAGAUGAGGAGGAGACUCGGCUUCUGCAGCUACUGCGCACCGCCCCGGAUCCUUCCGAGGCCUUCCAGGCUUUGCAGGCUGCCUUGCCGCGGCGGGGCGGUCGGCUGGGCUUUCCGCGGCGCAAGGAAGCAUUGUACCGGGCGCUGGGCCGGGUACUCGUGGAAGGCGGUAGCGAAGAGAAGAGACUCUGUUUGCAGCUGCUCUCCGACGUCCUCAGGGGUCAGGGGGAGGCUGGGCAGUUGGAAGAGGUCUUUAGUUUAGCGCUUCUGCCUCAGCUAGUCGUCUGCCUACGAGAAGAGAAUUCGGCCCUGCGGAAAGAUGCGCUGCAGAUCCUGCACAUCUGUCUGAAGCGCAGCUCCGGACAGGUGCUGAGAACGCUGAUCCAAGGCCUGGAAAGUCCAGAUGCCCGGCUUAGAGCUUCCACUGCAUUAUUGCUCCCUAUCUUGCUUACUCCUGAGGAUUUGCUGCUGGGCUUGGAUCUCACCGAGGUCAUCAUAUCUCUGGCCCGAAAGCUUGGCGAUCAGGAGACGGAAGAAGAAUCUGAGACAGCGUUCUCGACACUUCAACAGAUUGGGGAGCGACUUGGCCAAGAGAGGUUUCAAUCCUAUAUCUCUCGCUUGCCCUCUGCCCUGAGGAGACACUAUAAUCGCCGCCUGGAGUCCCAGUUUGGAAGUCAGGUUCCCUAUUAUUUGGAGCUGGAAGCCACUGAAUUUCCUGAAGAUCCUGCCCCCUGUGUAGUGACUCUUCCCAAUAGCAACCUUAAAUUUGGGAUUAUUCCUCAGGAACUGCAUGCAAGAUUGUUGGAUCAGGACGACUAUAAGAACAGGACUCAGGCUGUCGAAGAACUAAAACAGUUGCUGGGAAAAUUUAACCCUAGUUCUACCCCGCACUCUAGUCUUGUUGGUUUCAUUAGCUUGUUGUAUAAUUUGUUAGACGAUUCCAAUUUCAAAGUGGUGCAUGGCACACUUCAGGUUCUGCAUUUACUGGUUAUUCGCCUUGGAGAGCAGGUCCAGCAGUUCUUGGGACCAGUUAUAGCAGCUUCUGUGAAAGUGCUUGCCGACAACAAGUUGGUGAUCAAACAGGAAUACAUGAAACUCUUCCUAAAGCUAAUGAAAGAAGUACGUCCUCAGCAGGUGCUUUGCUUGCUCCUGGAAAAUCUUAAACAUAAGCAUUCCAGAGUAAGAGAGGAGGUGGUGAACAUUUGCAUCUGCUCCCUCCUGACCUAUCCCAGUGAGGAUUUUGACUUACCCAAACUGUCCUUUGAUCUUGCCCCAGCUCUUGUGGAUAGCAAACGCAGGGUACGCCAAGCAGCACUCGAAGCCUUUGCUGUGUUGGCAUCCUCCAUGGGCUCAGGUAAAACCAACGUCCUUUUUAAAGCAGUAGAUACCGUUGAAUUGCAAGAUAAUGGAGACGGAGUGAUGAAUGCGGUGCAGGCCAGGUUGGCUAGAAAAACUCUCCCUCGGCUAACAGAACAGGGAUUUGUGGAGUAUGCAAUACUCGUACCGUCUUCUGCCCAGGGUAGGUCAAGCCAUUUGGCACAUGGAGCAGAUACGGACUGGCUUUUGUCUGGUAACAGAACUCAGAGUGCACACUGUUACUGUGGUGACCACACAAGGGAUAGCAUGCAGUUGUAUGGAUCUUACAGCCCAACUAUCUGUACCCGAAGGGUAUUAAGUGCUGGAAAAGGGAAAAAUAAAUUACCGUGGGAAAGUGAGCAGCCUGGAGUCAUGGGAGAAAGCCAGCUCUCAGGUUCCAAGGAUACAGAGCAGUUUUCAGCACAUGACCUCAUCUCUUCUCCAAAAUUAAAGCCCUCUCAAGGAAUGCCGGUAAAUGAUGACUUAUGUUUUAGCAGAAAAAGAGUGUCAAGAAACUUAUUUCAGAAUAAUCGGGAUUGUAACUCAGAUUCUAUUCCUGUAUGUAGUGCUGGUAAUACUGCAGGUCAUCAGACAAAUCUUCCUGGAAAGUGUGGACAACUUGGAUUGUCACUAGGUGGUAAAACUGGCAGUGUAGAUUCUGACUUACAGUUCCUGGGGACAGCAAACAGUCAUCAAGAUAAAGUGUAUGCUAGCCUAAAUUUUGGCAGUAAGACACAGCAAACAUUUGGUAGUCAAACAGAGCGAACUUCAUCAUACUCGGGUUCAAAUCCAAGCCCAGGACCCUUUAUCCUUCCAUCCUAUCCUUUCUCAUCACCUCGAACCAGCCCAAAGCACACAUGUCCUCUUUCUAUAUCUCCAAAGAAAUCUCAAGAUAAUUCCAUUAAUUUCUCAAAUUCUUGGCUUCUUAAAAAUUUUGAAGGACUGUCAAAGCCAAGUCCACAAAAAAAAGUUGUCAGCCAAAAAUCAUCUGACCCUACAGGAGAAAAUUUUCAAGAAAAAACUACUCCAGUUCAACUUACACCUGCCUUAGUGAGAUCACCAUCUUCCCGAAGAGGCCUAAAUGGGACAAAGCCUGUUCCUCCUAUACCAAGGGGAAUAAGUCUUUUGCCUGAUAAAGCCAAUUUGGGACACAAAAAGAAAGAACCUGAUGAUAUUUGGAAGACUGAAAAAAAUAGUCUUACAAUUGAUCUUUCGGAAUUAAAUUUCAGGGAUAAAGAUUUGGAUCAAGAAGAGAUGCAAAGCUCUCUUAGGUCCCUUCGUAAUAGUGCAGCCAAGAAAAGAGCAAAACUGAGCGGCAGUACUUCUGAUAUUGAAAGUCCUGAUUCUGCAAUGAGGCUGGAUCUGACCAUGGACUCCCCAUCUCGAUCUUCCUCUCCAAACAUCAGCUCUUACAGUGAAAGUGGAGUUUACAGCCAAGAAUCAUUGACUUCCUCUCUCUCUACAACUCCCCAGGGGAAGAGAAUAAUGUCAGACAUAUUUCCAACAUUUGGAUCAAAACCUUUUUCAACAAGACUUUCUUCUGCAAAAAAUAAAAACUCUCAUACUGCUGAACAGAGUCAUGGUGCAGGGAUUACAAUAUCCAAUGUAAGCGUAAUUGGUCAACGUAUGAACUAUGGGUUUGGAUGUGGUGAUUUUGAAGAUGAUAGGUCACUUGACAUUUCACCUAGUGCUUUAAAAAUACAAAAUAAGGACCACCCAAGACAUAAGAAUACGAAAGGAUUUACAAGUAGGUCAUCAAAUUUACAGCAGAUUUCCAGUUUUGACUUCACAUCUGCAAAUACCUUAUCAGAAGAUUCAGUAGUAAUUGUUGGAAAAGGUGUAUUUGGAAAUCCAAAUUCUGCACCAGCAACUUGCAGCCAACCAGUGAUAUCCUCUGUGGAAAACGAGAAUAUAUUUUCUAUUAAACAAAGCAUUGAGCCACCAACAGGGAUUUAUGGAAGAGCAGUCCAACAAAAUAUUCCAUCAUAUCUUGAUGUUGAAAAUGACAAAGAUACAAAAGUUUCUAUUGCAAAAUCUACAUAUGACAAAAUGAAACAAAAGAGAAAAGAAGAAAAAGAACUUUUUGAUACUAAAGAUUGUGAGAGGAAAGAGCAAAGUCCCUGGGAAAGAAUAAAACAUGCAGGAACUGAGAAAAUGACAUCUGAAAGUGAAGCAUCUCCUGGAGUCGUUCCACAGUAUAAAGAAAGGAUACCUUCUGUCACUCAUAGUCCAGAGAUAAUGGAUUCAUUGGAACUAAGACCAUUUUCCAAACCAGAAAUAGCACUGAUAGAAGCCUUAAGGUUUUUAGCUGAUGAAGACUGGGAGAAGAAAAUUGAGGGGCUGAAUUUUAUUCGAUGUUUAGCUGCUUUUCAUUCUGAGCUAUUGAACACAAAGUUACAUGAAACAAAUUUUGCAGUAGUUCAAGAGGUGAGAAAUUUACGGUCUGGAGUGUCUCGUGCUGCUGUGGUCUGUUUAAGUGAUCUUUUCACUUAUCUAAAAAAGAACAUGGAUCAAGAACUAGAUACUACAGUAAGAGUUUUAUUGCACAAGGCUGGAGAAUCAAAUACAUUUAUAAGAGAAGAUGUUGACAAGGCGCUUAGAGCUAUGGUUCAUAAUGUAACCCCUGCACGUGCAGUCAUUUCUCUUAUCAAUGGAGGACAAAGCCAUUUGCAUAUUGCAGUAAGAAGAUGUACAGCCCAGCACUUAGCAGAUGCAGUAGAAUUUAUGGAACCAGAUCGUAUUUUGUCUGGAACAAAAGAUAUGACUGAACGUUUAUUGCCUGCUGCUGCUAAGUUUGCUCAAGACAGCUCACAAGAAACCAGGUAUUAUGGUCGAAAGAUGCUUUUCCUCAUGAUGUGUCAUCCUAACUUUGAAAAAAUGCUUGAAAAGUAUAUCCCAUCUAAAGAUUUGCCAUACAUUAAAGAAUCUGUUAAAAAUUUACGACAAAAGGGUUUGGGAGAGAUGCCCUUAGAUACUCCUUCAGCAAAAGGAAGGCGCUCUCACACUGGCAGUGUUGGAAAUACAAGAUCAUCUUCUGUUUCUCGAGAUGCUUUUAGUUCAGCUGAAAGAGAAGUAACUGAAGUUCGUGAAGCCCCCAGAAAAUCAUCUCCUCGUAAUUCCUUAGAAAGUGCUGAGUACAUUAAAGUUAUAACAGGUUUAUUAAAUGCAAAAGACUUUCGCGAUCGUAUUAAUGGGAUUAAACAGCUUUUAUCAGAUACUGAAAACAAGCAAGAGCUUGUUGUUGGCAACAUUGUGAAGAUCUUUGAUGCUUUUAAAUCUCGACUUCAUGAUUCUAAUAGUAAAGUAAACCUGGUGGCUCUAGAAACAAUGCAUAAAAUGAUUCCUUUACUUAGAGACAACUUGUCUCCCAUAAUCAACAUGCUAAUUCCUGCAAUUGUGGAUAACAAUCUGAAUUCCAAGAAUCCAGGCAUCUAUGCUGCUGCCACAAAUGUUGUUCAUGCACUGAGUCAGCAUGUAGACAAUUACUUACUUCUUCAGCCAUUUUGCACCAAAGCUCAGUUUUUAAAUGGAAAAGCAAAACAAGAUAUGACAGAAAAGCUUGCUGAUAUUGUUAUGGAACUUUAUCAAAGGAAGCCUCAUGCUACGGAGCAGAAAGUGCUGGUGGUCUUAUGGCAUCUCUUAGGGAACAUGACAAAUAGUGGCUCUCUGCCUGGAGCUGGGGGAAAUAUACGAACAGCCACAGCCAAAUUAUCAAAAGCACUUUUUGCACAAAUGGGUCAGAAUCUAUUAAAUCAGGCUGCAUCUCAACCCCCACAUAUCAAAAAAAGUUUAGAGGAAUUGCUUGACAUGACAGCUUUAAAUGAAUUAUGAAUUUUGAUGAAAUAUGAUUCAAUGAACAAAACAUUUACAUGAUGACAAAUGAAAUCCUUUUAAAUUUACAUUUUGAGUGCCUGCAUUACGUAUCCAGUAAAUUAAGUCAAUGGCUAUGGUUUUAUGCUGCCUGUGAAUACAUAUAUGUCCCUAUAGCCACCACACAAAACUCAAAAUAAUUAAUGUAACCCAGUAUUCCUGAAAUAUGAGGCACAUGGAAUGAAUUCAAUGUUAAAAGUUUUUGAGAAAAAUCCUGCUCAUUUGCACUAUUCUAUAGAAACUGCAAUUUGUUUCCCCAUAUGUACAAUUAUAUUUGUAAUUAAAAAUAUUCUUUUUAUUAUGUAAUCAUGUUCUGCUAUGUCUCAUUACUUUGCCUUGUUUUAUGAAGUGGAAGAAAAGUCAUUUAACCAUGUUAUCACAAAGUGAGUUUUGUGUGCUGUUUGUGAGUAACAUGUUUCUGAAUCAGUCUGCUAAUAUGAUUGUACAGUAUUAGCUUGCUAUUGCUGCUGUGUUACUAUGAUAUAUUUGCUAAUCUUUUGGGUUUAAUCAUCCACAUAAUUGUGAAAUUUAACAAGUUAUAAUAAAGCAUGAUGACCAAAGCUUUAGAAAAAGUUAAACAUUUAAAUGCACAUUCAAGAAACGUGUUGAAUGUAACCUUCUUAUUUUUAUGUGCAAACACUAAAUUUUAUUUCUGUAUGUCUGUUCAUUUAUAAAGGUGUUAUUUUGCCACCCAGUUGUAUAAUUCUCAAAAAUAAUGCCAGGUCUUCUAUAGUUUUUCUCAGAAUUCUUGGGCUUAUAAGUACUGUAUGCAUCUUAAAGAAGAAAAGGAAUGUUAUAAAAUAAAAGGAUUUAUUUCUGUA